AUGAAUGCCAACGCCUAUUUACAGUCAUUUGGCUGGACAGAGGGAGAAGCUCUUCAAAAGGGCGGACUCAAAAAGCCAAUUUUGGUGAAACACAAGAAAGAUACCAAGGGGUUGGGUCAUGAUACAAAAGAUACUGAUGUAUGGUGGGAAAAGCUCUUUGAUGGUCAACUUAAGAGUAUGGAAGUCAGCGGAAGUGGAAGUUCCAUCUCUAUCACACAGAACCAGACUUUGGUUGUAGAUCAUAUGAGAAGAGAAACUUCGGCUCUCUACAAAAUGUUUGUGAAAGGUGUAGGGUUGGAAGGUACUGUGGGGAAAACCAGCUACAGCAAUGCAAAAGACCAUAUUGACAGAGACGAGGUAGCGAAAGUGAUAGAUAAGGCUUUCGGUACUAUUUCCAAGGAGGACAAGAAGGAGAAGAAGAAGAAGGACAAGAAGAAGGAGAAAAAGACCAAGAAGGACAAAUCAAACAAGGUCGAAAAGAAGGACAAUUUAAAUAAAAGAGAGAAGACAGGAAAAGUAAGCAAAAAGGACAAGAAAGACAAAAUAGACAGAGAAGGAGUUUCAAAAAAGAAUGAAAAGAAGGCCACGAAAGAAGACUUGGUUCUGGAGUCAAAGUCUAAGUCCAAGAAGUCGGACAAGAAGGACAAGAAAGAAAAGAAAGAAAAGAGCCCUAAAGAAACCAAGUCAAAGAAACGUAGACUUGAUUCUAACGAGAGCGAAGGUUCGAAGAAGCGAAGAAGAGAACUCUGA